AUGGCAAUUGAUGUUUCAUUAGAUAGAAAAUUUGCAAUCUCAACAGCUAGUGACAACAAAAUUGUUAAAUAUACUUUUACUGAGUCCUUAGCAAAUGAACCAAUAGUUGAUAGUGUAUUGUUAAAAUAUUCGGGAAUCUCUGAUGUAAGAAUACGUUCUGAUGGUAAAAUUUUUGCCACUGCUGGUUGGGAUUCAAA